UUCUUCUUCCUUCUCAAUCCCUCUUCUGGAACAUCUUCCUCCUCCUCCUCCUCCUCCGCAACACAUUUCAUUCCACAGCUUCAUGGAAACUCAAAGCUUAUCUCCUGGACCUUCUUCUCCAACUAUUUCUCCAAGAAACCACAACUCUCACUGCUGCAAGUCACCUGAAUUUGAGUUCUGGAUGGUCCGAAACCCCUGCUUCCCUCAACCCAACAUCCUUCCCGCCGAUCAACUCAUCGCCGACGGUGUCCUCCUUCCUCUCCACAACCUCUCUCUCGAACCUAAAUCCCAAACUCCUGAAUCAGAUCCACCAGUUCCAGAAACGGCUCCUAAACCUGACCCGGAGACUGGACCAGAGUUGUCUCCUGCGAUAACUGGGUCUUCUGCGACAACGGUGCUCUCCGUGUCGAAGAGGUGGAGGGAUAUAUUUAAGAAGAGUGAGAAGAAGAACGCGGAAAUGAGCAAUCCAGAAGAGAAGGACAGAGAAAAAGGGAAGAAGAAAGAGAGGAAAAGUGGAGGCGGCGGCGGUACUUCGGCCGAGUUGAACAUUAACAUAUGGCCGUUUUCCCGGAGCAGAUCCGACGGGACUCGGCCGAGGUUAUUCCCCGGAGCUCCGGUGACUCGGAGGGUCAACAGCGCGCCGUGCUCGCGUAGUAAUUCGGCCGGAGAGUCCAAGUCCAGGAAAUGGCCCAGCAGUCCGGGUCGGUCCGGAGUCCAUUUAGGACGGAGCAGCCCGGUUUGGCAAGUCCCUCGCUCGAAGGUUCAAGACCCGAAUACUGAAAAGGGAUUAAAGAAAGCAACAACCACGACCCGUCGGAGUAAAUUAACCUCCACUACCACGACCACCGCUGGUGGCGGCGGUGUGAAAACCAGGGUUUUGAGCUUGAAUGUCCCCACAUGCAUCCGCUAUAAGCAACAUUUGGGUUGCAGAAGCGACGAGAACAGCACCAUUUCCGCUGCCAGCGGCUCCACCAGCAGUAGUACCACUCAUGCCGGGGGCAGAAACGGCGGAGCUAGAGGCGGCGCCGGUAACAUAACCGGAAAUAGCGGAAAUCUGUUCAAUUUUCGCAGCAUUUUCAGCAAGAAAAGUGCAGUAACGUCUCAUUAAGAAAAUCUGUAACUACCCACAUGAUAAAAUUAAAAAGGAUUUUCAUUUCUUUGUAUCUAGGCUUUUUACUCUUUUUUUUUUGGGCCAUUAACCCCCACCAUUUUUGCCAGUUUCUGUCAGUCCAGUGAAAACAAAAAUCAAAAAUGGGUACGAGUUUAUCCUUUUGAAGCUGUGGAUGUAUGAGAAAGUUUCUGACUUUGUGCAGGAAAGUGUUAGAAAAAGAUUGAUUAACGUCAUAUGGGGUUUGGAAUAUUUAUGCUUUUGUGCUCUAGCUUGUGUGUUCUGAAAUGCUUUCUUGUUUAUUUAUUAAUUAUUAAUUAUUAUUCUGCAUUCUG